AUGUACGAUAGAAAUGCCUUCAGGUCAUUUAUUCAUUCUUCUCUCCCUUUUUUAAAUGUUUUGCAGAGAAAGUCUGUGAUUGCAGUGAGCUUCAUAGCAGCGUUUCUCUUCCUGCUGAUCGUGCGCCUGGUAAACGAGGUGAAUUUCCCAUUGCUACUAAACUGCUUCGGACAACCUGGCACAAAAUGGAUACCAUUCUCCUACACAUACAGGCGGCCUCUUCGAACUCACUAUGGCUACAUAAAUGUGAGGACGCAAGAGCCUUUGCAACUGGACUGUGACCUUUGUGCCAUCGUGUCCAAUUCAGGUCAGAUGGUUGGCCAGAAGGUGGGGAAUGAGAUAGAUCAGUCCUCCUGCAUCUGGAGAAUGAACAAUGCCCCCACCAAGGGCUACGAAGAAGAUGUUGGCCGCAUGACAAUGAUUCGAGUUGUGUCCCAUACCAGCGUCCCACUUUUGCUAAAAAACCCCGAUUAUUUUUUCAAAGAGGCAAACGCUACUAUCUAUGUGAUUUGGGGCCCUUUCCGCAACAUGAGGAAAGAUGGCAAUGGCAUCGUUUACAACAUGUUGAAAAAGACUGUUGACAUCUAUCCAAGUGCCCAAAUUUAUGUCACCACAGAGAAGCGCAUGAGUUACUGUGAUGGGGUUUUUAAGAAGGAAACAGGGAAAGACAGAGUGCAGUCUGGCUCUUAUCUCAGCACUGGGUGGUUUACCUUCAUUCUGGCCAUGGAUGCCUGUUACGGCAUUCACGUCUACGGGAUGAUAAACGACACCUACUGCAAGACAGAAGGGUAUAGAAAAGUCCCCUACCAUUACUAUGAACAAGGAAGAGAUGAAUGUGAUGAAUAUUUUCUUCAUGAACAUGCCCCUUACGGAGGCCACAGGUUUAUCACGGAAAAGAAAGUGUUUGCUAAAUGGGCCAAGAAACACAGGAUAAUAUUUACACACCCAAACUGGACAGUGUCUUGAUGUUGGUUUUUCUGCUCAUGCCACAACACUUGACACAAACAUAUACUGCAACUGUGAUGCUAACGAUGCUAUGAUGAUGAAUGGUGAUGAUAAAGACAACAGUGGUGAUGAUCGAGCUCCUAUACAUUCUCAGACAUAGAUAAUGACUCUGCCAGUAAUUUGAACUUGGGAUUCCAUGCAGGGUGAUUGUGCUCAUUACAUUCUUUCUGAAGGUUCAACAUUACAUAUUGCACUUUAUAAUUUAACUGGAAUUGCAAUGAAGGCAAGUAACAUGACAGCAGUGACCUAAGAAAUAAGAAGAUUAUUCUACAAAUAGUUUCCCAAAAUUCUUGAACAGUGAGUAGCUUUUCAAAGCCACGGGAUUCAUCCUCAGGAGGCAAGGUUAUUGACUCUGUGGUCUCUUGAACUUGAGCAGCUCCCCCAUCUUAAAGGAUGUUUGAGUGUCAAACACGGACCCAAGAAAUGCCAGUUGGGUACAAGUAUUUUACCACAGUUACUAGUCAGACUGAGGGCAUGAAAGGAAUCUCUUUCUGACUUACCAUCUUCCUACAGUACUUUCUACCCAUAGGAUUACUUUACUGUCUCAAACACUUCAUUCAAAAUGGGCCAAGUAGCAAAUCUUGAUGAAUUUCCAUCCUCACCACUCUAUUCUUACUACUACAAACAAUAUGACUAAACAUGCUACUGCAAUGA